AUGGUAAGGCUUAACAUCCCAAAAGCAUAUUCUACUUACUCUGUGUCGCUGCUCGUCAGAAAAUCUCUAGAUAUUUCGUCCUGGUUUUCAGAAACAAAACUUGUUGAUUGGAAAAAUUUCGCUCAGUACAUUGCGAAACUGAAUGAGGACAAACUCGAUAAUAAUGCAUAUGACGCUUUUUGCAACGCGCUAGAGCAAAUAGUUACAAAGGGGCGGAAUCAUGAUAUUCCCCUCGUCGUUUGUAAUUUUACAUGCAACUUAAAUGAAUGGCUGGCGGUAAAGUCAAGGAAGAAAGAGUUCAUGAAAGAAAUCAGUGAAGAGAAGACUCGAAGACAAAUGAAAGCGAAUUUGAAUAAGAGAAAGAUGGAAGAGGAAAUAUCUCGGGAGGAAUUCCGCUUGCAAUGCCGUAAGGCGUCAUACCAAUCUGCAAACCAAAUGGUAGAAAUCGGGCUCCAGAUGCAGUAUGCAGUGUACAAUAAAGAGCCACUUCCUAUUGAUAAGAAUGAAUUCCUUAUAAAGUUGAGCGACGAAGAUGCAAAAGAUGCAGAAGACAAUGAAUUUGCCAAUGGUGGAUCUACCAAUAAUGAUGAAUCUAUUAAUGAUGGUGAAUCUAUCAUAUUUGAUGAACCUACCAAUGAUGGUGAACCUAUCAGUGAUGAUGAAUCUUCCAAUAACGUUAAUGGCGAAAGCGAUGAAAACUCUACCAAGACAAGAACAAACUAG